AUGCCAGCCUAUCAUUCCGCCUUCAAUGCCGAUACUUCUGUUCGUCAAGUAGGUAAUAUGGCUUUAUUGCCUAUCAACACCAAGAUUAGAGGUCCUGCUCCAAUAGCUUCUGAUCCCAACGAGCCUGAUAUCAUUGAAGAAUCCCUUGACUUGUUUCGAGCCAACUGCCUAUUUCGAAACUUUGAAAUCAAAGGUCCAGCGGAUAGAUUAAUGAUUUAUUUGAUCUUAUUCAUCUCGGAUUGCUUGACGAAACUAGCUCCUACAGCAGGAAAACCUUCGCCUGGAUAUCAAGAAGCACUGAAGAUACUUCAAACGCAAGCUGUCGAUACUUUUGCUUUACCUGGCGACGCUGGUUUCCCAUUAAAUUCAUUAUAUCACGCUCCUGCCAACAGGAUGGAUGCAGACGCACUCCGAUCAUAUCUUACUCAAACUCGAUCCGAAUUGGCUAUCCGACUAGUUGACAGACUCUAUCCUCACGAACAAGUUCUGGGAUCUGACGGACAACCUACCGGUCAAUCAGGUGGGAGAGCAAGUAAACCUAGUAAAUGGUGGAUGUCAUUCCAAAAGAGAAGAUUCAUGGGUAGAUCACUUAGUGCUUAA